AUGUUACCAUUUGCAGGAGGAGGAGAACAUGGCGUUGAAGCAUCAUUACUUAAUGAUCGGCCAAGUCCAAGUUUGGCACUUUAUGAGGAAGAAUAUAAAACACAGGGACAAAAAAUUGGACAAAUGUUACGAUCAUUAUCCCUCUAUAAUGCACAUAUACCAAAUGCUGAAGAAUCCGAAAUGACUGCUAAAGCACCCAGAAAAGUUAACUUUUCACCGUUACUCAAUGCAGCUCAAAUGGGUACAAUAAUGGGUGUCUAUCUUCCAUGUUUACAAAAUAUUUUUGGUGUCCUAUUUUUUAUACGAUUAACGUGGAUUGUCGGUACCGCCGGAGUUGUUGAAGGCUUUUUUGUUGUUCUACUUUGUUGCUCUGUUACUUUUCUAACAGCAAUAUCACUAUCAGCAAUUGCAACAAAUGGUGUGGUACCGGGUGGUGGACCAUACUAUAUGAUAUCACGUAACCUUGGUCCAGAACUUGGUGGUGCAGUUGGUUUCCUGUUCUUUCUGGGAACUACAGUAGCGGCUUCUAUGUACAUUUGUGGUGCUGUUGAAAUCUUUGUUGUAACUAUAUCUUAUGCCGCAAGCGAAACUUUUCGAGAACAUAUAUCAUUGUUAUCGGUUAUUUGGUACACUGCUUUUACUUAUCGUCGGCCUUAUUGUUUUGGCUGGAGUUAA